CAAGAUAGAAAUUGUAAUUAAGCUUGUAGACAACAGUUGUUUUAUGCAUUAUCACACAUUUUGUCCAGUGAUAAUUAUUUUAAUAUAAUUUGAUGAGUUCGUUUAGAUUUCAAAGCAAUACAUACAAGUCAAUAUUGCUUCUAAAGUAAUUCAGUAAACUGUUUAAAAUGGAUUAGUGGUCAAAUAUGUAGAUUCGACGUACAACAAAGCUAGCCGAAAUUGAAACAAAUUUAAAUUGAGUAGGUAUUUAACGAUAGUACGAGUAUAUCAGCCGCUCACUUUCUUCUAAAUUUCCGAUUCGUGCCGCUUUCUUUUCUAAAAAUACUGAUGCGCAUAAUUUGGUAUUUACAUUUCAAUUAGAGACAAGAUAGAAAAUAGUCGAUACUUGCUCCGCGCUUUAUUUUCAAAUACCGUUUCUUGUGACGUGUCUAAAGUGCCGGCGCUGUGGUCAACGGAAGAAACAUGUGCGUAGCUUUAGCCACUAGUCAGUGUUAAAAAAACAGUGAAGUAACGAAACGAGGAAAUUCUUCGUUUGGGUUUGCCAGUUUUUCCGAUAAAAGUGAAGAAAAUUAAGUAAGAUAUGUGAAGUACUAGUUUGUUUACGUGAAUUGACAAUAAUAAUGGCCCCAACUGUGGGAGGACGCACUUAACCUGCAAUAAAUAUUUAUGUUGAGCUAUAAAUGAAGUGGAAACAAUUUAUCUCAGUGUGUUUCCCAUUUCCAUGACGAAAAUAAUGUUGCUUGAAGGAAGGAGGCAACGAUCGCUGUGCCCUAGGAAGUAUUAAAAAAUAAUUCAUGUGAGAACUCGUUCAAGAUGAGUCACAAUAACAGUGACCAAACACCUCUUUCCCAACCAUUGAAGGUAGAAACGGACACUAACAGCGUACAUGCAGAAACUUCGAAUUAUUACGAAGAAGAUAAGGAUAAUUUUAAUCAAAACAAUGAUAAUGAAGACAACGACUCCCUAGGACCCCUGCCACCAAAGUGGGAAAAGGCAUACACUGAAAGUGGAGAAGUUUACUUCAUUGACCAUUCAACUGGCACGUCGCAUUGGCUGGACCCACGCUUGUCAAAAUUCCAGAAGAAAUCCCUCGAAGACUGUUUAGAUGACGAAUUACCUUACGGUUGGGAAAAAAUAAGCGACCCGAAUUAUGGUACAUACUUCAUAGAUCACGUAAAUAGACGAACUCAGUAUGAAAAUCCUGUGAUACAAGCUAAACGAGCGGCAUCUCAAGCUUCCGCUCGUGCGAGUCGUACAUCGUUCACGAAAGAUCCUGCAGAGUUAUGCGGGCAACGAUUUCGCACGUCACUUGUUAAGUCUUCUAGAGGUUUAGGUUUUACGAUUGUCGGUGGCGAUGACGGCGUUGAUGAGUUUUUACAGAUUAAAUCUGUUGUCCCUAAAGGACCGGCUUGGCUGGACGGGAAGCUUCAAACGGGAGACGUUAUUGUCUAUGUUAAUGAUACUUGUGUUUUGGGGUACACUCAUAUUCAAAUUGUUCGAUUAUUUCAAUCGAUUAAUGUCGGUUCGACUGUCUCGCUUGAAGUUUGUCGCGGGUAUCCUCUUCCUUUUGACCCUAAUGACCCCAAUACUGAAGUUGUUACUACGAUCGCUGUGGACUCACAUUUACAACAAGUCUCGGCUGAUAAGAGACUUUUAGAUACGAAUUAUAAUUUCUUAGACGGAGAUGAUGUGUCGCGAGAGGAAGAUAAUACACUUGAGCCUUCAGAUGAUAUCGAUGAUUUAAUUAAAGGAAUCGGAAACUGUACCAUGGGUAAAGUUGAAGUCAGAGUUCGUAUAGUGAAAGGCAAUCUUGGAUUUGGGUUCACAAUAGCUGAUAGUGCUUGUGGUCAAAGAGUUAAACAGAUACUUGAUAGGCAACGAUGCAAGAAUUUGAUGGAAGGUGAUAUUUUGUUAGAAAUAAAUGACAUUUCUCUGAUAAAUAUGUCACAUGAUGAAGUUGUGCAAGUUUUAAAAAAUUGCCCUUAUAAUAGCGAAGCAACUAUUUGUGUUCAAAGAGGGUGCACAAACAAAACACCAAAUAUUAGAAAUAAGUUACGUAAAUUAGACAAUAGAUUUGGCGGUAAAGAUAUCAAUAAUGCUUAUCGUAGCAAAACACCAACAGCUGACAUAUACAGUACUCAACCACGUGAAGUUUUACCAAGUCGUCCAAAGACUCCUCUAGUUGACACACGAAGCCUUUCAAAAACACCAGUUAAAGACCUUAACUCGAAUUCAAACAAUGAACUCUACGAUAAUUUUAGUGCUGACCGCUCUCGAUUAAGAUUAUCACUUAUCGAUAACCCUGAAGAAGAAGAUGAUCUAGACAUAUCAGAAAACGGACCUAACAAGCCUUCUUAUGAGUACCCCCCACCGGUUGUCGACCCGAAAUACACCUGGGGUAUGUUAAUGAUGCACCAAUACGACUGCACUUGUUACAACUGUACAAAUCCGCGACCACCUAUCGAAAACUGCGACAGUUACGACCAUAACAACCUUAAGAAAAAUGUCGGAAUGGAUUAUUGGCAGUACAUACCACGAAACACUGAAUAUGUCACCACUACUGUGGUUUUACACCGACAAGAGACCGGUUUUGGUUUUAGAAUCGUUGGAGGAAUCGAGGACAAGUCCCAAGUAGCAGUAGGCCAUAUAGUAGCAGGAGGAGCAGCCGAUAUGGAUGGUCGAAUACGUUCAGGGGAUGAAAUAGUCAGUGUUGACGGCUACUCAGUCUUGAAAGCUUCGCAUCGCCAAGUAGUUCGCUUAAUGAACGCUGCUGCUGCUCGAGGUCAGGUCACCUUAGUCGUCCGGAGGCGAGUCUACCCUCCACAACCCGUCAUGGCCCCGUACCCUAUGGGCGUCAAUUGGCCCCACGAAAACCCUCCACCGCCCCCUGCUUCGCACUUAUCCGUAAUGCCUCCCCCACAUUCGGAGGGGAAUUACGACGUGACUGUGCAACGGAACGAGAAUGAAGGUUUCGGUUUUGUUAUAAUUUCGUCAGCCAACAAGCAAGGGUCGACCAUCGGCCGGUUGAUCGAGGAUAGCCCGGCAGAGAAAUGCGGUCGGCUGCGUGUUGGAGACCAUAUUGUGGCAGUCAAUCACAUUGCAAUUAUGCACAUGAGUCAUGGUGAUAUUGUUAAUCUCAUAAAAGAGUCAGGUUUGUCUGUUACUCUCACUAUUGCACCCAGUUUCGAUCUUUGAUAUGUUAAUGGUAAAUCGAGUUUUUUCGCGAAAUCAAAAAAGUUCUUAAGUAAAGUGUUUUGGAUUUAAAAUGUUAACGAAUCGAAUAUAUAUAAAAAUUUAUCGUUGCCUUAUACCAAAUUGUAUUAAAGAUUUGUGAUAUUGGUUUGAAUCGCACUGCCUUGAUGGAACUAGAAAUUCUUGUGUUUCGUUUUACUUUGACACGAAUAUUUCAAAUGACUGAUUUUUUGUUUUAUUUUAAAAUUAUUUAUUUUUUAAUAAAAACCAAAGUGGUGGUUUGUCGGCUCUAAAUCAAUUGAAGCAUUUUGCUCAAAAACAGUUUUAUUGUUAACGUAUUUUUAAAAUUAAUAGCUCAUUAGAGGUAAUGUAGGUUAUGUAAUCUCACUGGAUCUUAACAUGUAAGAAUCGUCAAUAGUAUUUUGUUACCUUUCAACCUUGUCUUUGCUACAUUAUUUAUUGUAUAUUUUUUAUUCUUUGUUUUAUAAUACUUUAAUUUUAUGUUACCUCCAUAUAAUUAUUACUUAGAUUAAGUUAUUAUAAAAUAUUGCAAUAUAGUCUAACCAAAUACUAUAAAUAUAGUCUGUUUGGAGUAUACGCGAGCGUAGAAACAUACAAUUGUGCGGAUUGCCUGAUUAUAUUAUAAAUAUAUACCGAAUUUUGUCAUUUUGUUUUAUAAUGACUACAUUUCGAAUCUUAGUGAGGUCAGUUGUCUACAAUUUGUCCACAAGUGAUCUCGUAGUUCUAUUAAGCCAAUCAAAGUACUAUAUAAUCAAAAAUUCUGUAGCUCAGUAGGCCAUAAAAUUCUAUUACUAAUUUUAUUUCACUUGCUAGAAUCUUAACAUGCAAAGUUUUUAUACUACUAAUUAUAGUAUAAAAACUUUGCGUCGCACUGUAUAAUUAUAUGAUUAUGUGAUACACAAUAUGUUAAUUAGUUUAUUUUAUAUUUAGGAAUAUUAUGAAUUUACGUAUUGUGCCUUUAAUUGUAACUUGCCGUUAAUUAAUCAUGUAUCUUGAGUCUGUAAAGUCGUUCCUUGGUGGUGAAACAGGUGUUAUUAAUAAAAUUCAUUCCGGCCAGAGCAUUUGAAAUUUUUUACUAGACUGAUUAUGUGUAAAAAGUUGUAUAUUAUUUACAAAAUAUAUUCGUUACGAUUU